GCAAUCGUGGAUCGUGGGGCUGGAGGUGGCUCGACACACACAAUAGUUAUUAUUUACGAUUUUGUGAACGGUUAUCGAAAUUCACAAUAUUUUGAUCGAGAGAUAAGAAAAGUGAUACAGUUUAGUGGGACGAUUCUUUGCAGAAAUCAUUGGCAAGAAAAAAUUAGUCGUUCUACGUAAAUACAAAGCAGCGUAGCAGUGAACUCUUUCAAACGACUCCUGUGUUUUCUAAGAAGUGAAAUAAUAGCGAAUGUUUUGCAAUUUUUUUAAGAAAUUGGUACGAUGAAUGAAAAAAUUCAAUUAAAUAAAUUGGGUGUAAUAUGUCGUAUUUGCCUGAGAGGAGAUGGGCUAAUGACUUCGUUAUUCACGAAGGAUGAUGAGGACGACGAUAAUCAACCGAUUUUAGCUACUAGGAUAACCUCAAUCGCAUCAGUCGAGGUAGCCCAGGACGAUGGUCUGCCAGCUUCGAUUUGUCAAUCUUGUCGUGACCAAGUUGACAAAUUCAAUGACUUUCGACUCCUCAUUGAAAUUUCGGAUAAAGCUCUGAGAUCAUACUUGGAUGGAGUACAGGACUCUCAGAAAAAUUGUGAGAAGUCUCAGAAUAUCAACGAUUCGAAGUCCAAAAAAUUUAAAGAGCAAGAUGAAUCAUUGGAGGACCCUCAAGAAUUGUAUGCGGUCGAUACAAUCUAUGUACCUUCCAAAAGUGGAACUGAGGUUUGGCGAAUAUGCAGUAUAGAAGGCGAUGAGGAAGAGAACGAAUUGACCCAAGCGGAAACCCAACCAGCAAUUCAAGCUUCGAAUAAAGUACUAAAAAAAAACACAUCCCAAAAAGUCACGCUGAUACAAGGCAAGCAACCUCUGUUUUUCACAACAAUAAACAGCGAGGACAAUGAAAGAGUGACAAACGAGUCUGAACAAAUAACGUGCAUAUCAAUAAUGGAGGAAGAAAAUUAUGAGGAGUUUGACCCUUUGACUUUGUCGUUGAACAAAUACAGUUGCGAAUUGUGUCUGAAAUCGUUCAAAACUCUCCGAACACUUAAAAGUCACGUGAAGGAUCAUUUUCUUGGUGGUAAAGAGAAAAUCCAGAUCUGUGAGAUGGAAAAGAAAAAUAUGAGGUCAUUGAGGAGUUUGAAAAAUUCUUGUGGCAAAUCUGACAGCACAAAGACGAAGGAAUGUUUUAAGAAAAGAGGCGAGAUCGAUCCUGUAACAUGUAAAACGUGUAAGCGGGUUUUUGAGUCAGAGGAAAAACUGCUCUGUGCAAGAAUUCAAAACAGAAAAACGACCAAUACGGGUCACGAUAAUAAAUCGUGUAAAGAAUGCGGAAACGAGAUAACCGACAGCUCGAAUUUGAAUCACGACCAAGCUCUUCACGAGGAUUCAUCUUUAACGUGUGCAACCUGCAACAAACAUUUCCGUAACGCUCAAUCCUACAAAAUGCACUUAAAGAGACACACCCUGGGCUGUCGGUUUACUUGUGUUGAAUGUGGUAAAUGUUAUUAUUCCAAUUCCGAGUUGGCAAGACACAUGCAAUUGCACACAGGAAUGCGAGAAUAUCCGUGUUCCUUAUGCCAAAUGUCAUUCUUCUCAAAACCUGAAUUAAACAGACACACGAAGUAUCACAAUGGCGAAAAAAAAUUUCAGUGCAAAAUAUGCUUGAAAAGUUAUUACGAGUCUGGACAUUUGAAAGUACACCAAAGGGUUCACACUGGAGAAAAACCUUUCCCUUGUACCGUUUGCAGUAAAGCUUUCAUCACGAAAUCGAAAUUAAUAAGGCAUUUCAAAGUUCACGAGAGAAAUCAUGCAACGUGAAAAAACGUUCGGUUUUUUUUUGUUAAAAAUGUAAAGAGAAAAUUUCAUAUUAUAUACGGCGAGUUUGUAUGUCAUGUAUGAAAUGUAUUUAUGUAAAUAAAUUAUUUUCGAAAUCUUA